UUAUCUCUUUAGCCCAACCCAAUAAAACCCACAUCGAACCAAACUGCUUAUGGAGCAUAUAUGAACUGUUUGAUGAUGUUUAGAGAAAGGUAGAUUUUUCUUCAUGUUUAGGGAUUCUCUCAGGACUCAGGAGAACGUUGAUUACUCGUUGAUCCGAGAGUGAUUCUCGGUCUAGCUUUCGAUCCGAUCAUCAUCAUCUCAGUCUCUUUGAAGCUUUAUGCUGAUUAAUUGAAAAUUUUAUCAUUUUCCUCAUGGACCUCCUACAAUUUCCAUCGGUCUCGAUCCUUCUCGGCUUCAUUUUCUUUAUGUUUAUGGUUCUGAAAGUGUGGAAGAGAUUUGAAGCAAAUGGGUCAACUUCAAAUCUGCCUCCAGGGCCAUGGAAGCUGCCUAUUAUAGGGAACUUGCAUCAGUUGGGUGGCUCUGAUCCACCCCAUCGUGCCCUAGGAGAACUGGCGAAAAAGUACGGACCGUUGAUGCUCCUACAACUUGGAGAAAUUCAAACCCUUGUUGUUUCCUCUUCAGAAUAUGCAGAAGAGGUAUUGAAAACUCAUGACACAGUCUUUGCUUCAAGGCCCCAAAUGCAUAGUUUGGAAAUCAUGAGUUAUGGUUACAAAGACAUUACCUUUUCACCAUCUGAUGGAUCUUGGAGGCGACGACGGAAAAUUUGUGUUCAGGAGCUUCUGAGCGCAAAACGAGUCCAAUCAUUCCGUUCAACGAGAGAAAAGGAGCUGUCAAAGUUGAUCCAAUGGAUUUUCUCGCAAGCAGGAACAUCCAUCAACUUGACUACAAAGAUUUACUCAUCCACAUGUACCUUGUCUUCAAGGAUGGCCUUCAGUGAUGAAUGCAAAUACCAAGAAGAGUUCAUUUCAAUCCUAAAGGAUCUCUUGAAGAUAGCAUCAGGAUUUAAUAUAGAAGAUAUGUUUCCUUCAAUGAAAUUUCUUCAUUUGGUUAGCGGGGCAAGUUCUAAAAUUGAGAAGCUGCAUAAACAGCUUGACCGGAUUGUUGGAAGUAUUAUCGAUGAACACAUAAACCUCAACACAAGAAAGAGUGAAGGAAAUGAAGAUCUGGUUGAUGUUCUUUUGACGUAUCAUGAGCAGGGUGACAGCGAGUUUUCAUUAUCUAUGGAAGAAAUCAAAGCAAUAAUCUGUGACAUAUAUCUUGCUGGAACUGAAACAUCAUCAACAACAGUUGAUUGGACUAUGGCAGAACUGAUCAAAAACCCAAGAGUGAUGAAGAAGGCACAAGCUGAGGUGAGGCAAGUUUUUGAUAGCAGAGGAAGUGUUGAUGAAACAGGAAUUCCUGAAUUGAAAUACUUGAAGUUGGUCAUUAAAGAAACACUGAGAUUACAUCCUCCAGGUCCUCUAUUACUCCCAAGAGAAAAUGCAAAAAGUUGUGAGAUCAAUGAGUACGUAAUACCUGCCAAAACCCGAGUAAUGGUGAAUGGAUGGGCUAUUGGAAGAGAUCCCAAGUACUGGCCUAAAGAACCAGAAAAGUUCUAUCCAGAGAGGUUCUUAGACAAUCCCAUUGACUACAAGGGAACCAACUUUGAGUACAUCCCAUUUGGUGCUGGAAGGAGGAUGUGUCCUGGAAUGGCUUUUGGCCUGGCAAAUGUUGAACUUCCACUCUCACAGUUCUUGUACUAUUUUGAUUGGAAACUUGCUGAUGGAAUGGUGCCAGAAAAUCUCAACAUGGCAGAGGCCUUUGCUGCAACAGUUUGCAGGAAGGAUGAUUUGUACUUAAUUCCUACUCCUUAUUGUCCUUCACCUGCCUUUAACUAAAUCUUGUAGCAGUGUGUUAUCUCCCUUUUGUAAAAAUAAAACACAUAUGUAAGGCCAUGUGCCUGUGUGUCACAUUCAUCUCCCUGCGUUUCUGCUUUGUGAAAUCAACCCAUCAAGAUCUUUGAUUCAA